AAAGGUUUUCAAAAAAAAAAACCCCAGAGUUGAAACGUAUGACGAGCGAGAGUGCCACAUCUCCGGCGAUACCGCCUCCGCCGGAACAUCAGCCACUGCCGCAGAAUUCAGUCGCACUUCCCUCUCCGCCGCCGCCCCAAAUCACGACGGAGGAUAUGGUGAACAGCAACGGAAUACUAACAGAUCAAUUGGUUCAUGAAGAACCAUCUUUUCACAAGUAUCUCGAAAGCGAAGAGUAUGCUGACAAGUAUCGAAGCUACGAAGAUGGGUUUAAGCAGUUUCUUGUGGAGAAGUACUUCUCUGGAGAUGAUAUGUAUGAGGAGAUAACAACAGUUGAUGGAGCAACCAUUUAUUCAAGCAAGUGGCCUUCUUUGGCUUCGUUUGCAGACCCGGUUGCUUCGUUUGUAGACCCUGUACAAUGCAUUGUUGAAGAUGAAGAAGUAGAGGCAGAAGUAGCAGAAGUGGAAGCAGAAGCAGAAGUAGAAGCAGAAGUUGAGGAAGUAGAAGAAGUAGAGGAAGUAGGAGAAGUAGAAGAACUAGGAGAGCUAGAAGAAGAUAGCGUAGAUUCAGCUACUGCAGAGAUACCCAAUGGUCAAAUCUCCAAUGGAGGUACUGUCUUAGAGAAGAAGGACAAUUGUUGAUGUAGGGCAAGAAACCAAAAAUGCAUGUGCUAGUUCGUUUUUGGUGUUGACAUUGUUUGAAUGAACCUUUUGCUAAAAUUGAUUUGCUUCAUAGACCAGUAAUGUGAUGCACAGUUUCGAUUGAGGUAAGGUAACUGUGAAACCAAUAUAUAAUAGCUAUUUGCAGU